UCACAUUUCUCUAUCGCACAUCUUUCCACUCGAAAAUUGUAAGAUCGAGAAAGCAGGCAAAUAAAGAUGAGGACUCUUCUAUUGCUUGGAGGCAUGACACCAGAUGUCACAGCCCUCUACUACAAUAUCAUCAACAAAGUCGUCAGAAUCAAACUCGGUGAUCGAGCAUCAGCCCCGUUAUAUCUGUACAGCGCCAACCUCGAAGAAAUGAUACAGCAUGCCAUGAAAGGGGACUGGGAUGAGUUUGCAAAAGUCUACAAGAAACCAAUCAGAUCCUUGAGCGACAGAGUUGAUGGCAUCGCAAUCUGUGCCAUUCUCGCACACAAGGUCGCCAAAAAGCUAUUUGAUGACUCCUCAGCGGCUCGUGUCCCAUUGUUUCACAUUGCGGACUGUCUAGCACUCCACAUCACCAACAAUCAUCCAUCGAUAAAGAAGCUUGGUCUUCUCGGUCCCAAAAUUUCGAUGGUCGAUUCAGAUGACCCAGAUUUCUUUGUGGCCAUGUUACAAAAGGCCGGGUUUGAGAUUUUGAUCCCGGAAUUACCAGAGGAUAUUGAAGAGGUUAACAGAGGCAUGCUUCAAGAAGUGGCGAAAGGCGUUGCUUCUGUGACAGACUCAACAAGAAAGAUGUUUGUUCAACAAGCCAAGAAGCUCAUCGACAAGGGAGCUCAAGGCAUCAUAUUGGGUAGUACGGAUCUAGGGUUUGUGCUAAAGCAAGAAGAUGUUGGAGAUGUUCCGCUGUUUGAACCAGCUGCUAUUCAUGCGCAGGAGCUAGGAAUCUGGAUCUGUGAAGGAGACGAAGACGAAUCGCCUUAGUUUUUUGACAUUGAAAAUAUGCAUCGCAAUUGAAUUAUUGCUACGCGGAAAAGACCACCAGUCGUUUGAGCUUUUCUCAUACUGGCAUGAGAGAGUGACUCAAGGAUACGGGUAUGCUGUCGAGAAUAAUGAUCACCAUUUGCGGGGCGACCUUCCCGAAGUGUUUGUGAAC